AUGAGCAAUAACUCUAACGAUUCGUCAAAUGAUACCAAUAAUACCAGAAUUUCCAUCGAUAGCAGCACAUCUAAGCAAACGAAUUCAUUAAUAACAAACUCCGAAGUUUUCAAAAUGUUCAAUACGAAAGAAGAGAACGCUUCAUUUGAAGAUUACCAAUUAAUUAUCGAUUGUAUAUAUAAAAUUACUGAUCAGACCUAUAAAAAAUAUUUAGAUAAAAUUUCAAUAUUUAAAACUCAAUCGUACAAACUCUUUAUAUUCGAUGCAAUUACUCAUGCUUCACAAGUACGUCCAUAUUAUACUUAUCUUUAUGCAGAUCUUUGGAUAGCCCUCCAUGGCACAACAAAAUUUGGUUCGAAACAAUCAUUUUUAGCUGAAUUACUUCGACGAAAGAAAUAUGUAUCAAAGAUCACAGGAAACGUAAUCAAGAAUACAUAUAAAGAUUACACACUAGAACAACUAAUGCAUGGUAAUGAAGAUGAUUCAGAAUUAGCUAAAGUAAUGAUGAAUGAUGAUCUCGAUAAAGUUUUAGAAAAAAUACAAGGAAAUUUUGAUGAAAAAGUGAAUAAACUAAAUCUCCUAGAUGCAAGUUGCCACUACGGUGCAUUAAGAUGCUUCAAAUACUUCAUGAACAAAGAAAUGAAGAUCACAGAGUCAACUUUGAAUUUGUUGAUUUCAGGAGGAAAUUUUGAAAUUUACGAAAUUGUUAAAAUAAAAAGAAACUUUUCACAUGAUCACAUAUCCAGGUCAAUUAAAUAUCAUAGUAAUGAGAUAGCAAAAGACCUGGUUGCACAACACAAUGCUUAUGACUUUGUUUUAUAUGACUGCGUCAGAUUCCAAAAUUUAGAUUUAUUAAAAUUGUUUUACAAAAAUUCAACAAAAAACGCAAGGAAAGAUGCUUUCAUGCAAGCUGCUGAAAACAAUGACAUAUUUGCAAUUAACUUGUUGUUAGGAGAAGGUUGUGAAAUACCAGAAGAAAUUGUUUCCACUCAAAAAAUGAAUCUAGAAAUUGUACAUUUGCUUGAACGAAAUGGUUUGGAUUUUUUGAAAGAUGAUAAAGGAAUCAUUCGCGGCGUUUUUGAUGGAAAUCAAGAAGUUGUUGAAUAUCUAAUAGAUAAAGGAGCAAAUGUUAAUGCAAGAGAUGAUAAAGGAUGUUCUGUAUUAGUGAGAAGUUGUAUAUUUGACUUUCAUUUUCCAAUCGCUAAGAAAUUAGUUGAACAUGGAGCAAACAUUGAAGAAAAAGAUGAGAACGGAUAUACCCCUCUUUUAAAGGCUUGUUCAAUGAAUCUUGUUAAUACUGUUGAAUUUCUUUUAUCAUGCGGUGCUGAUGCAAAACAAACAACUAAAGACAACGAAACAGCUUUGAUGAUUGCAACAAAUAAAUGCGGAGAAGAAUUAAUUGACAUUCUUAUAAAAAAUGGCUUAGACUUGAAUGAUAAGGACAAUAAAUCAAAUACUGCUUUCUUCCAUGCAGUUAAACAUCAUAAUAAAACAGUUAUUGAAAGAUUAAUUUAUCAUGGUGCCAAAAUUGAUGAAGAAUGCGAAAAUGGAAUGACACCAAUUAUGAUUUCAGUUGCAUCUAUUGAUUUAUUGAAAUAUUUCGAUGAAAAGAAAUGUGAUUUAAAUCAUUCUAGUUUUGAUGGUUUAACAGCAGUUUUAUAUGCUGCUGAGCAUGGAUUUACUGAUGCUUUGAGAUAUUUGAUGGAAAGGGGAGCAAAUUUCUUUGCGCAUGAUAAUAAAGGUAAAAAUGUAAUUCAUUAUGCAGCCGGAAAUGAUAAUUCAACAGCAAUUGAUUACUUAUUAUCAAUUGAAAAACUUAAGAAACUCCUUAAUGAAGGAGAUGUUGAUGGAAAUACACCAAUUUAUUAUUGCGAAAAAGAGCAAGUUGUGAGAUCUUUAUUGAGAUCAGGAAGUGAUAUGGAGCACAGGAAUUCAAAUAAUGAUACUCCUUUAUUUUAUUCUGUUAUAGAAGGGAAAGACUUAAUAACUAAAUACCUAUUAAAGAAUGGAGCAAAAACUCAAGUCAGAAAUAAUCAAGGACCAUUAAUUGCCGCUGCCGCGUUUGCAAACAUCAAAAGUUUAGUUGAACAAUGUUUAAAUGAUGGUGCCUUUUAUGAUGAUCAAACUGAAAAAGGAAACACUGCUUUGAUGUACGCAGCGAUGAAUGAUGAUUUCCAAACAGUUCAAUUACUUGGUUCAAAAGGUGCUGAUGUUAAGCAUAAAAACAAAGAUGGGAAAUCAGCAAUUGAUUUCGCAGAAUCUUCUUCGGUAAUAGCAUAUCUUGAAAAAAGAGGAGCAACUUAUGCAGAAGAAAAUAACGGUGAGCAAGAAAUGUUUAAAGAAGAUGGAUAUUACUGUACUGAAAUUGAAUUUGAAUAA